ACUCAUUGGCUGCCACACAGGAGGUAUCACUAAGGAAAUGUGGUUCCUUAAAGAAUCGAACCCAGGACUAACCAACACUGAUCAUUCCUCUUAGCUAACCUGAUGACAAAUACCUGCUUAUUUUAGCAAAAGUUAUGACUUAGCCAACGUCAAGUUUUUUGUUUGCUUUACAGCUAUAUCUUUACAGUUUUCACUGUUUCUCUAGGCUACCUUUAAGCUAUUUCCUUGCUACUUAUCGUAUCUUGAUACUUCUAACGGUUCUUAGACUAUAGCAAUUACAUGUGAAGUUUGACUAACCUAAUCUGAAUUAAUGAAGUAUUACAGUAUUACGUAUUGGUCCGCAGGGUGACAGAGGAUCACCAGGACCUGCUGGUCCACCUGGAUUAAAAGGUGAAGGUUUCCCUGGUGUCCCUGUGAGUAAACCGACAUUUUUUUACUUAUUGACUUAACUUACCAUCACCAAGUGAUAUUUAAUAUUUGAUAUAAACUGCAUUUUAGGGUCUUCCUGGGCCUCCUGGACUGAUGGGAGAAGUUGGACCGGACGGUGUUGGUUUACCUGGUUCGAAGGGAGACAGGGGGUUACCUGGACCUCCUGGACCUUCAGGACCUCCAGGAAUCGGUCAACCUGGUCCUAAGGGCUCCAUCGGACAGAUGGGAUUAAUGGGCCCACCAGGGUUGCCUGGGGAAGGUAUUCAAGGACAGAAGGGCGAGCCAGGAUUUCAGGGGGUUCCAGGUCUAAGAGGUCUUCCAGGGCAGGGUCUACAGGGAGAUAAGGGCGACAGAGGGUUCAGGGGUGAGAAGGGAACAAAAGGAGACGGAGGAGAACCAGGAGAACCUGGAAUACCUGGAUUAGUGGGUAGAGUUGGACAGAAAGGAGAACCUGGACUUACA